AUGUCCAACGGUGCACGAGGUAGCUUUGGAGGCUACGAUCAGUCUCAUGAUUAUGGCUCUACGAUGUCUUACCAGGAGGAAUACAAGCCACAGAUUUAUCGAGCCGUUUAUUCCAAUAUUUCGGUAUAUGAGAUGGAAGUCAAUGGGGUCGCCAUUAUGAAACGUCGCCACGAUUCAUGGUUGAACGCAACCCAGAUCCUGAAAGUCGCCGGUGUUGUCAAGGCUCGCCGAACAAAAACAUUGGAGAAAGAGAUUGCAGCUGGUGAACAUGAAAAAGUACAGGGUGGAUAUGGUAAAUAUCAAGGUACAUGGGUAAACUACCAGAGAGGUCUGGAUUUAUGUCGAGAAUACAAUGUAGAGGAGUUGCUACGACCGCUGCUUGAGUAUGAUACGAGCCCCGAUGGGCCUGGUGGUCCCACACAAGGACUGGUGGAUACACCGACUAAGGAGCAAGCAAUGGCUGCUCAGCGCAAACGAUUGUACAGUGGCGCUGAGAACCGAAGCUCAUCCCAGCCACAGCAGGGCACUUUCUUCCAAAAUAUCUCACGCACAGCCGCAACUGCAGUGAACGCUAUUAGCAAAGCUCGGUUCGAUUCCCCGAGUUCAAACAGCAGACGCCCCAGUGUCAUCCGCAAACCAUCACACCAAAUGAGCAGUCAGGAAUCAUCACAAAUGGCUUUCAGUCAACAGAGCAUGUACAAUAUGUCAGACAGUGGCUUUAGCAGUCUACAGAAUCGCUACUUGGCACAUGAUGACAAUGACGACCUCGCCGAACCACCUCGCAAGCGUGUUCGCUCUUCUUCACAUCAUGGUCCAUCGAUUGGACUACCCCGAGAGCCAUCUAAUCUAUCUAUGCAUGAACCUACUCCCACCGAACCAAACGACUCCUUCUACCAAGACAUGGAUCUCCCACCACCACCACCCAUGGAUGACGGUCAAAAACGUGGUGUCGAAGCUCUGGGUCCAGCCACCACUCCAGGAAAUUUCCAAAAAAUGAAGUUGAUAAUGACUUUGUUCCUUGACAAGCGCAUCAAAGACUUCAGCAAUCACCCCGCUCUCUUACAGUUGUCAGGUGCAGAUCUCGAGAUCCCACUUGAUGAAUACCGGAACAACGCUCUCCACUGGGGAGCUAUGCUGGCACGCAUGCCUCUGAUUCAGGCACUGGUUGCAAAGGGAGUUAACGUUGCGCGGGUCAAUGGUGCUGGUGAGACUGCGUUGCAAAAGUCAGUGGGGACGAGAAAUAACCUCGACUACCGAAGCUUCUCGCGAUUGCUCCAAGUCCUUGCCCCAACUAUUGAUAUGGUCGACUACAGUGGUCGUACAAUUCUGCAUCAUAUUGCGGUCAUGGCAGCGACAGGUGGCGGAGGACAUGUCUCUGCAAAGCACUACCUGGAAUGUCUGCUGGAAUUUAUUGUUCGACACGGCGGAAUCACGUCCAAUGCCAAUGGUGACCAGGCGCAAAAUGGAUCCCAAGGCAACGAUGUUAUCUCUCUCGGCCGCUUCAUCUCAGAGAUCGUCAACCUGCGCGACGACCAGGGUGAUACCGCCCUGAACCUUGCAGGCCGAGCACGCUCAGUCCUUGUUCCACAACUGCUGGAGGUUGGAGCCGAUCCUCAUAUUCCGAACCACACUGGUCUUCGACCCGCUGAUUACGGCGUUGGAGUUGAUAUGGCUGAUGGGAAUGCCCAGUCGCAGGGAGCCGAAGGUCGGGGUGAUACCUUUAUUGACCAGCUGGCAAAAUCGAAGAAGGAGAUUCUUGAUGCGACGGUGUCCCAAAUUAGUGCAAUGGUAGAAGAAGCCCUGGGAGGGAUCGACCGAGAGUUAUCCUCGAACUUGACCCAAAAACAAGAAAAAUUUAAUCACUGGCAUGGCAAGAUCCGGGAGUCCGCAAAGGCUCGUCAGAUCGAGCAAAAGGAGUUUGAUGAAUUGAGACGGAAAAGCACCGAACGAGUAGAACUGGAGCGACGAAUUAAGAAUCUGGAACGUUCCUCUGACAGCUUGGUGGCGACUUUGAAGGCCACACCCGACGUGGACUCCUCUCACGUCACUUUCGUUGGUGAUGCAGAUCAGGAUUCGGGCGUGGACGUUGGAUCAUUCGAUGCUCUAUUCCCAGAUACCUUCGACCCAUCAACCGGGUUCUCCGAAAAAGCAAGUUCAACUUCUGGCCUCAUUAAAUUCUCCGGAUGUGCUCAAGACUCGUCUUAA